GUUUCCCCAAAUAAAAUGAUGACGUCUUUUUUAGCUACUAGAGAAAGAUAUUAAAGAAAGCUACAACACAUAAGAAAAUAUUGAAACAUAAACUGUAUUAACUACUAACAUAAGACAAGAAAUGGCAACAGAAAUUUAGUUGAAAAACUUCUAUGUGAUGUUUCCAUACACAGUUAUUCUUCUCAACCUUCUAUUGUACUCAAAUAAUUGCCUUGCAGAUGAGGCACUGAGUCCACCAGAUAUUUAUAAUCCUUCUGCUUCUUCAAAAUUACUCAAGGAAGAAUCCGCAACUUUUAGGAUAACAUGUAAUGCUACAGGUUUACCUAAACCACAAUACUCAUGGAAGAAAGGGGAGAUAGGUGGCAACAAUACUUUAAGUAGUUAUGUCUCCUUUGAUUCCAUCACCGGUGUCCUGACUUUUAAAAGAGUCUCCAAGGCUGAGGAAGGAGAGUACAGAUGCUACGCAACAAAUUUUUUUAACGGUUCAAGGGGUCAAUCUUUUGCUGUCAGUAUUUCUCCUCCAAUGAUAGUCAAGAUGAUACGAGUGGAUUCAAUUUUGGAAGAGAGUAAAAAUAUAGUUAUUAGCGAAUAUAGAUACACGAAGGUUCCUUGUCAACAUGUGAUAGUUGAUCGAAAGUAUGUUAUCUUUUAUUGGAUGGCAGGCCCGAAAAGCAAACCAAUUUUUUCAAAUGAAAGGAUGUUUAUUGACAAAUAUGGUAAUCUACAUAUAACGUAUGUUUUAAGAAAAGACAUGGAACUCGGUGAGUUACUGUGUGGUGUUUAUGUCCGAGACAAUGUUUUUGGUAAAAUCUUUCCAGGACAAGAUUACUUUUUAAAAAUAACGGAAAUCAAUCAAGUUGAGACUAUUGCUCCUAAGAUUGAAUACUCUGAAAAUGUAAUGGAGGAGCUAAAUCAAUCUGCUCUACUGGAAUGUGUAUUUUCUGGCUAUGACCCUGAAAAUAAUAUGACAAUCGCCUGGUUUUCUAGAGAUGGCAAAGAAAUUAAAACAAACAAAAAAUAUGAGUUAAAAUAUGGCAACAGAGCUUUAGAAAUAAAGAAUCUAGUAGAUGAAGAUGAAGGAAAAUAUUUUUGUAAAGCCAAACUUGGAUCAAAAACAUCCAAAGAGACUGUUGUAUACCUAGAUGUAACAGGUGAACCUCACUUCGAUAAAAAUAAAGCACCUAAAGAUGUGACAGUAUCUCAAGGUAAAGACGUCACAGUCCCAUGCAAAGCCAAGUCUUCAAUAAACGAUGAUCCUCCUUCUCCUCCACUUUGGUUUAUCAAUGGGCAAAACAUUGAAUUUCAAAAAGGUAGAGACAAGUUUGAGGUAAAGUCUGAUUCACUAACAAUCAAAUCAGUUCAAAAGCCAGAUGACAUUAUGUGUGUUAUGUGUUCAGUGUCCAAUUCUUAUGGCAGGACCACGAGAGAAGCGUGUAUCAAUGUACUCUUGCCCAUACAUGUGGUCUCAAAGCCUGACUCUGAACAAGUGAUAAAUCCAGAAGUGGGCAGAAUUCUUAAUUUUACAGUUUUAGCGACUACUGAUAUUACUCAAAAUCUCAGCUACAGAUGGAUUUAUCAUAGCAGCAUAGCAGAUCAUGUAGGCAAAGUACCUACAUUUACAUACUCUGAUAAAGAAACAAACAUGGCUUACAUAAACACGACUGAUAUGAAGGGAAAAGAUUAUGAAGCUGUUGUUGGUUUUUAUACUCUGAAUAUCUCCAAUGAUUAUGAUUACGUCAUUGUCAAAACUCGUGUUAGACUCCAACUUGAAAGACAAUCAGAACCAGAUAAAAGUUCUGACACGUGGAUAUUUCUUCUCAUCAUUGGCAUUCUGCUACUUACGAUUUCAUUUUUCUUACUCUACAAAAUGUUUCAAAAGCAACAGCUAGAAUUCUACAAUGGAGAAUCUGAACUCCCGGAGGAUAUAUUUCAAGGUUCUCUGAAUUGAAAUUUAUAGGGGUUUUUUUAGGACCUGAACUUAUAAUGAGAACGUCAAAGAAAAAGGAGACAAAAAAUAUUCCACAGAACUUUCACUGUUCUUAUCCCCCUUUACUUUCACUGUUCUUAUCCCACUUUACUUUCACUGUUCUUAUUCCCCUUUACUUCACUAGCUUAUAUUUUUUUUCUAUAAUUUAUUUCAUUCAAAACGUAUUAUUACAUAAUCUUCUAUACAUUUGAAAUAAUCUUAUGAGGAUAUCUGCUUUUAUUUGUAAUGUUGCAUACUGAAUGUUAGAUAGAAAAAUAAAAUGUAUUAUAAAAUGGAUCUGUUA